GAUCCCCUGACGUCACGCGCGCGUAGACUAUAACUGCGCAGAGGGCUCUGGCGUCCUGCUACAGUCUGAAUACUCAGGAGUGAGUGCGAGCUGAACUCUGCGGUGCAGAGCUGGACAAACACAGCACCCAUCCACCUCAGCGCUGCUUCACUGGCUUAAGGACAUAUUUUGGAGUAUCCGGGAUCGGGACGGGAGCCCUUGUCCGGUACUCAUUUUCGUCUUUUAUUUAUGUUUUGAGUGCAAGCGCGGCGACGGGACAGAGACUUGACUUUCUCCAGUCCUGCCUAAAGACUGCAGCUGUCGCGUCCAUAUGAGGCAAAUGUCUUUCGCAGUGCAUUAGUCCAGAAAGUUUUUUUUUAAUUAUUAUUAUUUAUUUAUUUCGCUUUCUCCCGUUUGAACAUUUCGAGCGACUCUGCAUGCUCCAGUGCUCGAGCGCGUCGCGUUCGGAGACCCAUCCAGAAAACUGCAUGCGCAAAGAGGGGGAAGAAAGGCAAAAGUCGGGUUUCGCGACGCUGGUGAACACUUUGCUGAAGAACAGGGACACGAUGAGCGCCGAUCUCGCCAUGGGGCCCGAGCUGCCCACCAGCCCGCUGGCGUUGGAAUAUGUCAAUGACUUUGAUUUGAUGAAAUUCGAGGUGAAGAAAGAGGCCAUGGCGGGGCUCGACCGCUCCAACAUACGGCAGUGCAAUCGCCUCCAGCCGCAGGGCUCCGUGUCCUCCACUCCGAUCAGCACCCCCUGCAGCUCGGUGCCGUCCUCCCCGAGCUUCAGCCCCACGGAGCAGAAGAACCAUCUGGAGGAGCUGUACUGGAUGCCCAGCGGCGCGUAUACGCAGCAGAUCGAUCCGCAGACGCUAAGCCUGACGCCCGAAGACGCGGUGGAGGCUCUGAUCGGUGCCACGGCGCACGGCCAUCCUCCGCCCCCUCAUGUGCAGCAGCAGUUGCAAGCAGGAGGCUUCGAGGGAUACAGGGGAGCGCACCAUCACCACCACGGCCAUGCGCAACAGCAACAGCAGCAGCAGCACCACCACCAACACCAACACCAACAAUACGGCGCGAUCCCCCAUCACCAAGAUGACAUGCCAGGUCACCAGCAUCACCACCACCUGCACCACCACCACAGUCAGGACCCCGACAGCCCCUCUCCUACCUCGCCUGGGUCCCACCAGCAGCUCCACCACCGUCACCACCACCACCACCCCGGCCAGCAGGGUCACCACGGCGCGGGGGGCGGCCUGAGCGUGGAGGACCGCUUCUCCGACGACCAGCUGGUGUCCAUGACCGUGCGCGAGCUGAACCGUCACCUGCGGGGCUUCACCAAGGACGAUGUGAUCCGCCUGAAGCAGAAACGCCGGACCCUGAAGAACCGGGGCUACGCGCAGUCGUGCCGCUACAAGCGCGUACAGCAGAAGCACGUGCUGGAGAACGAGAAGACGCAUCUCAUCAACCAGGUAGAGCAGCUCAAGCAAGAGAUCAACCGGCUGGCCCGAGAGAGAGACGCCUACAAACUCAAGUGCGAGAAACUGAGCGGAGCGAACGGGUUCCGCGAGGCAGGAUCCACGAGCGACAACCCGUCCUCUCCAGAGUUCUUCAUGUGAGUGUGUGUUUCCUAUGCCUGAGAGACUCUGCGCUCAUUCAGAUAACAGCAGUACUCACAGUAGAAGAAUAAUCCACAAGAAAUAAUAAUCUCAUAUGUAAUCAUCGCCACCGAUCUUGGCAACUAAAAUGCGAAGAACAUGUUAGAAUGUUUUCUGGGAAAUGUAGAUUAGCUGCUUGUAGUAGGACUUUCAGCCCUUUCGUAGAGAUCUCACAACAAAAAGAAAAGCGAAUAACUGGCUUUUGUAUUUAGGAUAACUUCAGAUAAAACCUUCUUUCCAUCAUCUGGUUUGUUCUCGGUUGUUCAGGAAAAAGAAA